GGAAGAAGCAAUGAUGGAGUAUUUGAAGAUCGCCCAGGACUUGGAAAUGUAUGGAGUGAACUACUUUAGCAUCAAGAACAAGAAAGGUACGGAUCUCUGGCUCGGCGUUGACGCCUUGGGCCUGAACAUCUACGAAAAAGACGACAAGCUUACCCCGAAAAUCGGGUUUCCGUGGUCCGAAAUCCGUAACAUAUCCUUCAAUGACCGCAAGUUUGUCAUCAAGCCGAUCGACAAGAAGGCACCCGACUUCAUCUUUUUCGCACCGAGGCUGAGGAUCAACAAGCGUAUCCUGGCGUUGUGUAUGGGCAACCACGAGUUGUACAUGCGUCGAAGGAAGCCGGACACGAUCGAAGUGCAACAGAUGAAGGCC